AUGUUGAUAUCCUACUCAUGUCUUACUGUUUUUGUACUGGCCCUUGUGCCCCAGAUUGCCUCUUCGGCGAACAUUAGCAGCACCUUCGAAUGGAGCCAUGGCCUCCCUCUGCUGAAGCUUCCAUACGGGACAUGGCGAGCUCAUCAAUACAAUCCCGAAGCAGAUGUUUAUGUGUUUCGCAACGUCCGAUACGCUGCUCCGCCGCUUGGUGAACUACGUUGGUCCAAACCAGCACCUCCUAAAUUCGUUUCUGGAAUCCAAGACGGCUCGUACGGCCAUAAUUGCAUUCCGGCUCCGAUUCCAGACCAGUUCUUCAUGCCAGGUGUAGAGAAUCUGACCAAGAAUUCCGCUGAGGAUUGUCUCUUUCUCGAUGUUUACGUACCCGGAAAGGUAUUCAGGCAACGCCAGGAAUUGGUCCCAGUGGUCGUUUGGAUUCAUGGCGGAGCAUAUGUUAGCGGCUCCAAGGACCAAGCAAUAGGGGAGGGAUACUACGACGGUACGGGCCUUAUCCAGCAGGCUGAUGACAACCUGAUUGUUGUAACGAUUAAUUACCGUCUGGGAGCUUUCGGCUUCCUUGCCGGAGAACCUCUGCUCUCCCAAGGGGUCUUCAACGCUGGUCUACAUGAUCAGCGAGCUGCUCUUGCCUGGGUACAGGCAUACAUUCAGCGUCUGGGGGGCGACCCUGACAAUGUCUCCGCCUGGGGUCAGUCUGGUGGCGGAGGAUCUCUGAUGUAUCAUUUGAUUGCGGAAGGUGGGAACAGUGAUCCCUUAUUCCGGAGGGCGAUACUCCAGAGUCCUUCCUUUGGAGUCAACGCAAACCACGAAGUCAUUUAUAAGCGUUUCCGGGACUUUGCUGCAGCUGCAAAAUGUCCAACUGAGGGGGAAGAUUCACUCCGCUGCUUGCGCUUAGCAAAUACCACGAUUUUAACCAGCGCAAAUGAGGAGGUGUAUCUCGGCGAGUCGUCACCCGUCCCAGACGGUGAAUAUAUCCGAUAUCCUGCCCUAUUCGAGUACGCCAAGGGAAACACCUGGAAAAAUAUCGAGUCGGUGAUUGUGAGCCACGUAAUAGACGAGGCAAGCCUCGGCCUUCCCGACCCUAUCCCAAAGGGCCAGGUUGAGGCGUUUGUUUCCAAUAAUCUACCGGCAAACGCUACCGAACAAACCAAGAAAAUAGCCAGCCUCUACGAAUCACUCUAUGCCAACUCAACCGAGAAGGAAAUGCUCUGGGCAUUAUACAACGACCUUCUCUACACUUGCAACCUACGCGCUGUUCUGAAGACCUUUCCAAGCUCCGCUUGGGCGUUUCAGUUCAGUUUCCUCGAUGGCGUCGUAAACGGAAAGCAUGGAAGCGAUAUGCCCGCGACGUGGUAUAACAAGAACCUCCAGAACAGGGCAGAGCCCCUGUUUGAGGAGUUCCAGCGGUAUAUAACCAACCAUGCACGAACUGGGAACCCGAAUACGCCCAGAAGCAAGAAUCAUGAGCUUGCCUACUGGCCCGAGGUUAGGGGGCUAGAGGAGGAUGUGGUGGGAAAUGUGCUCAACAUGAGCAACUGGGGAUUUGACGUUAUACAUGAUGGACAGAUGCGGAAAAGUUUCUGCGAUGCUUGGACCGAGGCGCUUGUGGAGGCUGUCGAGUCUGACCAUUGAGUUAUUUCCGAGUGGACUUGGGAUCUUCCACGCUGUCGGUUAUUUCUAUUGUUCAAGUGGCAGGUAGUGUUAGCCAAUUAUGGUCAGCUUUUCAAUAUUACAUGGGG